AUGAUGGCGCGCGUCACGGACAACGGCGCAAGCUCCGAGGCAUUCGCAGUGGCCAGUGGAGGGAAGCAGGGCUGCGUCCUCGCGCCCAGCCUCUUCAGUCUCAUAUUCUCUGUCAUGCUGAUGGAGGCCUACCGUGAUGAGCGCUCCGGGAUACGUAUCGCCUACGGAACUGACGGGCAUCUCCUCAACAGCAGGCGAAUGCAGGUCUGGACGCGAUUAUCUACGACCAUGGUUCGCAAUCGACUCUUCUCCAACAACUGCGCGCUCGAAACCACGACCGAAGUAGACACGCGACGGAGUUUGGACCUUCUCGCAGCUGGGUGUGCCAACUUCGGCCGUUCAACGGCCACCAAUUCGAAACCGUGAACAAUCUUGCUUAUCUUGGAGGCGCACUUUUCAACAGCACCAGAAUCGACGAUGAGGUUGUCCACCGGAUCUCCAAAGUCAUUCAAGUCUUCGGCCGACUGCAGAACUCCGUGUGGAAUCGUCACGGCCUCCAACUGAAUACCUAACCGGCAAUGUACAAGGCCGUCGUCCUGACGACACUUUUAUACGAUUUGGACCAUCUAUUCCAACCAUGCCAAGGAACUCAACCACUUUCAUCUCAGCUGCUUUCUCAUACAACUGAAGCUCAGGUGGCAACACGGUAUCCCUGACACGGAAGUCCUAGAAUGGACCGGAAUCCUCAGCAUUCACGCCAUGUUCAUGCAAAUACAACUACGUUGGAGCGGCUAUCUCUUGAGGAUAAAAGAUGCACGACCACCGAAACAACUCUCCUAUAAUGAUUUCGCCACCGGUGCUUGCCGACACGCAGAGCCAAAACGAUGCUUCAAGGACACAUAGAAUUAUUCUCUUAAGCGAUUGCGUAUCAAUCCAAAGAUCUGGGAGGACCUCGCCCAGAACAGACCGGCCUGGAGAAGAGAAUUGAAGAAGCAGAUCGGAUCGCCGCCGCCGCUGUCGCCAAAGUUAGCGUGGAGGCUCGCAAAUCACGAUUGUCUCGACUCCUGAGUGCCAAGCAUCCACCGCUUCCAACACGCCCGUGCUGUCAACGCGCAUCCUGCGCACAAAUCGGUCCCGUUGGACACCUUCGAACCCAAUAUGCCGUCAACCAGGUAACGUCUACCUCUUCUCCCACUCUCGCCCUGCUGCAAACCCUGCGCCGACCGCCACCCUCGUCACCGCCGAUCACGAUCUCGCUGUCCUUUCGCCACCGUCCGCCGACAGCAUCCACCCUGCCCCAACCCCGCAUCGACUGCAGCGGCCAGCAUCACCACCAAGUCUUCACGCACUUCCCCACCCAGAGGACAACGACCGACGUUUCAUCAACCCCGAACAUCGUUGACAUUCCCACCUCCAGCGAUGCGGACUCGGCUUAUGUUUGUUCGCAUCGCGAUCGCACAUUCAAUUCACAAAUCGGUCCGGUCGGUCACUUGCGAAUCCAUCGCACAGAGACUAUCGGAUCGGUGCUUGGGACACCAUCAUACACUCUCCGCAUCCGCUCCAACCGCUCUCAUUGCACUCGCACAUUCACUCACGGCAUGGGCUUGUUAGGACGCAUGCGCGUCCACGAAAACCUGCGGUAG